AUAUUUGCGUACCAGGCAGUGUUAGACAAGAAAUGCUCCGAAUAAUACUGUAUUAUGCUUUAUACUCCUUAAUAACUGUUGAAGCUUUUGCUCCUGGAACAGUAUGGAUGAGUCCAGCUUCACCAUUAUUGACAACACCUACUCCCCACCUUCUUCCAAAAAUAGCAAAGGGUAAAAAUUAUAAUUAGCAUUAAUAGAUUAUUGUUUUGUUCAAUUACUAAUUAAAAACUAUUGAUAUGAUAUAAGCAUUAAGUGACUUAUCGAAAAAGCUCUUUCACUGAAAAAUUAUCCGAGUUUAUAAAAAAAUUACGAAAUAUAAUAUCUUAUGACAUAUUGACUAGAUAUAAACUGUUUUUCUAAGUGCAAUAAAUGUUUUUCGGAACGAAAUUUAGAACAUCUAGCUGUAAAUAGCUCUUCAAAAAGAUCUUUUCUUUGCAUUUCUUAUAUGCCUAUUAAUAAAUAUACAGAAUUGGAGGUUAGGCUUAUGAAAGGGAGGACAGAAAUGAAAAUCGAGGGCAGGGUGGAAGUAAGGCAAAAAGGAAUAGGUCAAUGGGGUACAAUAUGCAAUGAUAAUUUUGAUGAUAGAGACGCCACAGUUAUUUGUCGGAUGCUAAAUUUUGAAUGGGGUGAACAAAUUAAUACAAUAUCUCCUGGUUCCAAUGACCAAAGGAUUUAUCUUGAUGAGCUUGAGUGUACAGGAGAUGAGCCAACCUUAUAUACGUGCCAUGCUGAAAAAUGGAGUCAUCACAAUUGUGAGCAUGAGGAAGAUAGUAGCGUUAAAUGCCAUAAUACAACUGUUCGUUUAAGAAAUUCGAAUAAAAUCGUUUCUAGCAGUGAACUUACUUAUGGUCGCUUAAUUGUCUUUAAAAGCAAGCUAUCAUUGGAAGUGUGCUCAUCAGCAUUAAAUGUUCAAGUAGCUGAUUUAGCCUGCAAAUUAAUUUCGGAGGAUUAUAAAUAUUCCAAAAUUUCUUCCAAAAUAUGGAUACCUGUCGAUGAUUACCGCCUAUCAUAUUCAGUAUCGAAGAUUACCUGCAAAAAGGAUGAGCAAUCCUUUAUGAAUUGUGAAUUUACACCAAAUCAGAAAAGUUGCCGAUCAGUCUCAGUUCUCGUUUGUUCUAAAUCUAUAAUUGAGAAAAAUGAUAACAUUAACAUGGCUUUUAAAGAUAAUGGUAUGGUGAAAAUUACAACUUCUGGUGUUGAAGCUGUAUUAUGUAAUCUUUACACAACCGAUAACGACGCAACCGUUGCUUGUAAACAUGCAGGAUACAACUAUGGUAAGGUAAUUGCUGCUAGAAAUACAGGAGGAAAAGCCUACCCCUAUGUGGGAGUGAACUUGAAUUGUACCGGCCAGGAGACGUCUAUUUUCGAAUGUUCUGGAUGGAAAUCACCUUCAGAAAUGCGUAAUGAUUGUACUAGAUUCUUUCAAGAUACAAGCGUUAUAUGUUAUAAAAACAAUUUUAAAAUUAGUCUUGUUGACAUAAGCAAAAAAAAUCCUAACACUGGCGUUGUACAAAUGGAAAUUGACGGGAAAUUCGGGACGAUAUGUGGUUUACAUUGGGGUUCUUUAAAUGCUAGAAUUUUAUGUAGGUCGAUCGGGGGUGACAAUCCCCAAUUUAUCGAUGGCGUUAUGGCCCCAGCCCUAUCUAACGUUGGUAAAGGAGAUCUUCUCUUAGAAAAUGUUGUGUGUCGUGGAAGUGAAAUGGAUAUCUUAAAAUGUUCUAAUAAUGGUUGGAAGGUCUCUAAUUCGGUUCAGUGUCGCAACCAUAGAUAUGACGCCGCUGUAAAAUGCUUCAGAAACGUAAAACUCUACAGUCCAAACGGAGCUGAUAACUCUGGUUUGGUUGAUUUAUAUGAUCACAAUAGUAAGCGGUGGGCGAGAGUCUGUGGGAUAGGGUUUACCGAUGCCCACGCAAAGCUUGUUUGUACUCAAUACGGCUUUAAAAAUGGAAAAUCGCUAUGUUGUAGUGUCGAGGGCUAUCAACCGUAUAGAGGUCUUAUCGCAUCGAAUUUCAUAUGUACAAAUAAUAGCACUAAUUUGGGCUCUUGCAAAUAUCAAGUUGGAAAUCAAUAUUGCUCUGAUAUUUCUCAAAAUUAUGCUUCAGUUGUUUGCUAUAAUGGAGAAUCACAAGGUACAACUCUUUCACUUGAAGGCGGAUAUUAUUCAGCCAAUUAUGUUGGACGUCUAAGGGCAACUAUCGGGAAAGGAAUGUCCGGUAGGGUCUGUAAUGUAGGAUGGACAGAUAAUAACGCUAAAGUGGCUUGUCGAAUGUUGAACUUUAAAAGUGGUAUUGCCUACCAAUACUUGUCCCUAGGUCGGGGGCCUUUCGUUAUGACUGGUGUAAAUUGCAAGGGAACCGAAGCAAAUAUUGACCAAUGUGGGCGACUGCCAAUUAGGAAAAGUUGCCAUAGAGAUGCUGGGGUUCUAUGUUUUAACGAUUCUCCACCAGAGAUAGAGCUAAUUGGUGGUCCUAACCAAGAUUCGGGUACCAUUCUCGUAACCUUUAUGAACCAAACAGGCACAAUAUGUGAUGAGUUGUGGAGUGAUAUCAGCGCGCGAAUCUUGUGUCGAUCGUUAAAUGAAAAAUACACAGAUGGUAAAGCCUAUAUGCAAUCGCACUUUGGUCAGGGAAUAGGCCUUAUAUAUUUUUCUGGAGCUUAUUGUUCUGGAAAUGAACUUUCUAUCUUUCAGUGUUCAAAUUAUGGAUUCCGAGCCACUACCAAACCAAGUUGUCUUAGUCACCGUUCAGACGCAGGCGUCAAAUGCUACAAAAAUAUUCGUUUGUUUCCUGAAAACGAAAAUCUAGUAAAUAAAACUACUAGUGGUCAAGUUCAAAUUCAUACAGCGUUCGGUUGGGGGCUAGUUUGUGCAUUGAAUUUUGGCCAGUUAGAAGCCAAUGUUGUUUGUCGAGAGUUAGGCUAUCAGUAUGCUAAAUCCUUAAGAACAAACUUUUUCGAGUCUGGAUAUAGAAGUUAUGCUAUAAGAAAUGUUAGAUGUGUGGGCAAUGAAUCGAGUAUAUUAAAUUGUGCACACGAGAGAGAUGGCGAAAAAUGUCCUGAUCAACAGUGGAAUUUUGCAUCUGUGGCUUGUGCUAACAAAUCAUUUGAUGAAUCUGUGGAAGUUUACAUGGUUAAAAGCGAUAGACAGAUGAAUUAUACAGGAUAUGUGCGCAUAAGAAAGUAUGGUAUUAUUGGGAAAGUUUGUUAUAAACAAUGGGGAGACAAAGAGGCAGGAAUCUUUUGUCGACAAAUGGGGUUCAACGAUGGUAAAGCAUAUAAUUUCAAUACGCAAAGCCGUAUCCCUUUUUGGAUUACAAAUAUAAAGUGUAAAGGCUCUGAAAAAAAUUUACAAGAUUGUGUUUUCAAUAAUGAUCAACUAAGUGACUGUAACAGUGCUAAUAGAAAGGAGGCUGGAGUGUUAUGUUUUAUGAAAAACGUAAAUUUUCAGUUAUCCGAAGGUUCCUCCGGUUAUCUCACAGUUACUUAUGACGGACAAGUAGGGCAAAUUUGUGGCCAGGAUUUAAAAAAUGAAGAAGCUUCAGUUGUUUGCUCGCAAGCAGGAUAUGAAAAGGGUUUGAUAGCUUAUGGGCCCAAAAAAAACAAUUUGCCUUUUUUUACGCAGGUCACUAAAUGUGAUGGAGAUGAAAAAAGUAUACUUCAAUGCGCUAAUCGAGGCUGGAAAAAGACUUCUUUUUGUCAGUUUGUAUAUAUUCCGCUUUUCAAAUGCAUUAGAAAUUUACAGUUGAUUGGGUCAAAAAGUGUAAAUAUGGUGGCCGGAGCAUUGAAAAUAGCUGUUCAAAGUGGUACCGUUAGCAAUUGGUACUCUAUAUGUGCCGAAGGAUGGGAUGAUAGAGAUGCGAAAGUAGCAUGCCGACAAUUGGGUUAUAAUAAUGGACGAGCGGCUUAUUCAAUAAAAGGGAGAUAUGAGGAGUAUAUACGGUAUAUGCAUUCUGAAUACGAAUGCAAAGGCUCUGAAAAGAAGUUACAAGAGUGUACAUAUAAAAAGUCAGAUUGGGUAUAUGGGCUUCAAUGCGACGCACAAAUCGGAUAUGCGUCUGCAAUGUGCUAUAAAAGCGAACCUCUCGAUUUCUUUAUUGUAAAGAUUUCGUCAACUGUUAGAGAUUAUGCAGGAGUACCUAUCAUAAAUUAUAGUGGUAUUGAUGGAUUUAUCUGCGCUAAUGGUUGGUCAGAUGAAGAUGCUACAGUGUUUUGCAGACAAAAAAACCCUAUUUAUACUCAAGGAAUAGCAUAUAAACACUAUCAGUCAAGUCGGACAGCCAUCUAUUGGCUAGAUAGCUUAAAAUGUAAGGGAUCAGAAACUUCAUUAAAUGACUGUCAACACUCAGGAUAUGGUAAUAUCACUGAAAUGUGCAACUCUGGACCAGCAGGAGUUCUCUGUCUUGACAAAAAUUCUAUAAAGUUUAAGCUUAGCGACGAAAAGAAUAGAAAAGGAAGGGUAGAUAUUACAAUUAACGGUGAAACUGGAACAUUCUGCAAUCUUAAUUACUUCGACAAUUUAGAGGCUAGCGCCAUCUGUAGAACAAUAAAUCCAAAGUUCACAGGAGGUUUGCGUGACAGGACAGAAUACCCCAAAGGUACAGGACCAAUAUGGUCUAUGGGAUUGAAUUGUCGAGAAAAUGUCAAAGAUAUAUAUGAAUGCUCUAGUUCUGGUUGGUCGCCCCCCAGGCCCCAUGACCCUUCAUAUAUUACCUAUUCAGCUUGUCUAAAACACAACAAUGAUGUUACAGUUAUAUGCUAUGAAGAUGUUAGAAUAUACGAUGCUCGUUCGAGUGUACCAAAUUAUGGUCAAUUACAAGUUUACCAAAGACCGAAGAAUCAGUGGGUUUCUGUUUGCCAAAAUGCUGUUGAUCAGAAGACUGUCGAUUUAAUAUGUAAAGAAUUCGGCUAUUCAAGUGGCCAAUUGUUUUGUUGCAAUAUUCAUAAUAUGAAUAACAAAGCAAUUACAAAAGAUUCAAACAUGGUUAAGAAAGUUAAUUGUGUUUCCAAUGCAAAAAAAUUUAGUGACUGUAAACUUGAAUAUGGACAGUGUUCUGAUUUCGUAAGCCUAUUGUGUUCAAACGAUAUAAAAACUACGAAAGAAAUGAAAUUGCACUUAAAUGGACCAGAGAGUGGACCAAGUCGAGAAAUUAUUUCUGGAAGUAUUGAAGUUGAAAAGAACGGUAUUAAAGGUUAUAUAUGUGGAAAAAACAUGACUGUAGAAACAGCCAGUGUUAUUUGUAAAUCAUUUGGUAAGAAGAGUACAUUCGUAUCAGGCUUCCCGUUCAGUUACCAUGGGGCAAGACUUGGAUCAGCGCCUUUUCUAUUUUCUAUUAAUUGUACUGGAAAGGAAGAUAAUAUAUCUGAGUGUAAAUUGUCACCGCUCGGACAACAUACAGGUUGUAUAUCAAAUGACAACGCUGCUGGAGUAAUUUGCUCAACUGAAGAAACGGCUAUAAAAUAUAGAAUUAUCUCCAAAGACUUCAAAAAGUUUGAUGACACUUCUUAUGGUAGAGUACAAGUUUAUUAUAAUGGAAUAUGGGGAAGUGUUUGUGGUUCAUCCUGGAAUUACUUAUCUGCAAAAGUCUUCUGUCAAUCUCUUGGUUUCAGUGAUGGGUCUGUUCAUAAAGCUGAUACAAACGAUCGAAAUAAUCCAUUCUUCGUAUCACAAGUAUUCUGUAAAGGAAAUGAAAAGAACAUUUUUGAAUGUCCAAACGGAGAGUUUUAUCCAACUGCCGAUACCUGCAGACAAUAUGGAUCAUCUGCAGGUGUUUAUUGCUAUCGAAAGGCUAAAAUCGAAUAUUCUAAGCCUAGAGCUUUUGAUAAAGUGGCUCAUGGUCUCGUUAAAAUUUAUCAAGAUUCAAAUACAUACGAUAAUUGGUUUAAAGUUUGCAAUAAAGGUUUUACUAAUAAGGAGGCUUCUGUCGUCUGCCGUACGAUGGGUUUUCAGUAUGGAAUAUCCUUUUGCUGUAAUGCAUAUGGAAUUGACACACGUGCAGGUUCAAUGGUGAAAAUUUCUUGCAAGUAUGGCAAUGAAUCCUCACUCAGCAGCUGCAAGUUGCAAAGCUGCCAAGACCUUGAAUAUGCUUCAGUUGCAUGUAGUCAUAAUAAAAUUUUACCAACCAAUGAGUACGAAAUUAGGUUGGAAAAUGGUGUUAAAGAUCAAAGUACUGGAAAGGUAAAGGUGAAAAUUGCAGGUGUUGAAGGUCGUUUAUGUGCCGAUGGGUGGACUGAUGAAGAUGCUAAGGUUGUUUGCCGAAGUUUAGGUUUCAACGGUGGACAGGCCUAUCAACAUAAUGAAGAAAGUAAUGUGUUUUAUUCUCCAUUUAAUGGACCUUAUUGGAGUAAUAAAUUUAAUUGCAACGGAAAUGAAAAAAGAAUUGGAGAUUGUAAACACAUUGGAUGGGGAAAUAUAAAGACGUGCAAGAGUAAGCAUGCUGCAGGUGUAAUCUGCUACAGGAAUCACGGUGUUUACUUCAGGAUAGGAAAGGGAAAUUCUUCUCGUGGAACAAUCCAGGUUGCUGUAGAUGGAGUUUGGGGAACAUUGUGCGAUGAUCUCUGGGGAGCUAACGAUGCUAAAGUUAUGUGUCGUAUGAUGGGUUACGCUGACGGGCGUCCGCUCUAUAACAGUCACUUUGGCCCUGGUUCUGGACCUAUCUAUGCCAAUGGUUUCAGGUGCAAUGGCAACGAAACUUCACUUCUUCGGUGUUCAACAACCGGUUGGAAACCAGCUACACGGCUAUUUUGUAGAAAUCAUGAAGAAGAUGCUGGAGUUGAAUGCUUUCAUUCAGUUCGCUUUUACAAGUAUACAUCAAAGAAUACAUCAGGACCUCUUCAAAUUUAUACAAAUAAUACUUGGCAGGUGAUAUGUUCUGACAAUUUUACUGAUGAAAUAGCCAAUGAAGCAUGCAUUAAGCUGGGUUUUGACUACGGUUUGGCCAUCUGUUGUUCCGCCUAUGGAAAUAUUUUUCCUCGAACAAGUGUAUUCUCAAAUCAGUUAGAUUUUAAUCCAAGGUUACAAAAAUUUUCCGACCUGAUUUCUACUAGAAAAUGCAUUACUAAUACUUAUGCAUCAGCGGCUUGCUUUCAUAAGCGAAAUUUAGACAAUCCGCAAAAGAAAAUAGUUCUUGAAAAGGAUAAGAGUGGAAGAGUAUUUGUGGAUUAUUUAAAAACCAAGUGGAAAAUAUGCGGAAACGGUUGGGAUGAUGAGGAUGCUGUUGUUGCUUGUCGAUCGGUCGGCUUUACUCAUGGAAAAGCCUAUCGCCAUAUAAAAUAUUUUCCCUCUGAUAUUGAACACCCUUAUAUAAUGAGCAAUGUUUCGUGUCUAGGAACGGAGAAAAACCUUCUUGACUGUGAAAGAGGAAAUAGAUUUGAAUUAAACAACUGCAGUGAUCAACAUGAUGCCGCUGUUAUAUGUUUCAAUGAUACGAGUGAGAAAACUAUAGAAUUUUCCAUAAAUGGAUCAUCAUCAGAAGGUAGAGUUAUGGUUGAGGUUGGUGGUACAAGAGCGACAUUAUGCAAUAUUGCAUUUAAUCAAGUUUCUGCUAGUAUACUUUGCAAGCAAAAUGGUUUUAGCGAAGGUUUUAUCCUGAAAGAUACAACAGAAUAUGAAAAAGAUACUGGACUGGACAAGAUUCCUAUUUGGGUACAUAACCUAAAGUGUUCAGGACAGGAAAAGACUCUUCGUGAAUGUCCCCAUACUGGUUUUGAUUUUUUUAUUCCUAAACCGUAUCCUAGUUCAACCAAUAGUUUACCUAGCCAGAGACCGGCUCCAUGCAUGACUCAUAAGCAAGAUGCCUUUAUCAAAUGCGUCAAUUCACCUAUUAUUGGGAGAGAUUAUACUUCGUUUGAAGGGGCUAUUCAAGCUUUCAAUAAAGAGGAUGGAUCAUGGCAACUUGUAUGCAGUGAUUCAUUUUCACAGAGGGAAGCUCUCGUUGCAUGCAAAACUCACGGUUUUAACUACGCAACUAUAAUAAAUGGCUCGGCAUUUCUACCUCUUUACAUGAAGAAAAACAAAAAAGAGUUAACAGAAUUUCAUGAUUACAACUAUGCAAACGUAAAAUGCAAGACUGGUGAAGAAACAUCAUAUGAUCAAUGUAGUGUUCAAUUCAAAUAUAAGGGUUGUAAGUCAAAAACUUACGCUAGCGUUGUCUGCUCAAACACGGUGACGAAACCAUUAACAACAAAUUGGUCGUUGAUGAAACUUAAACAAAAUAACUUGGCAAUGCCCUAUACUUUUAUCAUUGCUACGAAACGAGGAAAUAUGUCGCCAGCUGCGAUAUUCAACAAAGGCUUUACUAAUAAAGAGGCGAUGGUUAGCUGCAGAGAAUUGGGCUAUUCAUCGGGUUAUCACUAUCGUCUUAGCCAUUCGACUGAUCUUCCUAUUGCCUUUCACAACAUUAAAUGCACUGGAGAAGAGAAGAAACUUCGUGAUUGUAAAAAUAUAAAAGAGGGAGCUGGGGAGCGAAAACUCGCCGAUAUUUAUAAUGUUAACUUUGCGGCUGGAGUCCUCUGCUAUAACACGUUCAAAUUAGAAAUUACCUCUAAUAACAGAGCAGAAAUUUGUGUUGAUGGAAAAUGUUACAGCAUAUGUAGCCUCAGUGACAAUUCAAUAGCUGCUAAUCUAUUUUGCAAGAUGAAGAAUUAUAAAUCCGGUUUAAAAAUAAAAGGUUCAGGUCUCCAUACUGGAUCAAUGAACGGUUAUUGGCCUUCAUUUUUAUGCACAGAAGCGGAUUCUUCUCUUUUUAAUUGUAAUUCAGCACAUUGUGGAUACUAUGGAAUUCCAUUAUAUGUUCACUGCUUCGAAAAAGAAUUAGAAAUAAGCAACAUUGUGCUCUCUUCUAGUACCAAUGAAGGAAUAGUAACUAUUGAGAUUGAAUCUUCUACGGAGAGAGGUUGGAUUUGUGCAGAUACUUUUGGUGUAAAUGAGGCCAGAGUGAUUUGCAAUUAUCUGGGCUACGAAAAAGGUCGUGUUUUAAAAGUCACCAACCCAAUAAACGACCUCAGAAAAUUUUUUAAUAAAUUUACUUGUCCUGAAAAUGCAACAUCCAUAGAUGACUGUGAAUACUCCUUCUUUGAUUCAUACUUUUGUUUAACUAAACCUGGCGCAGGUGUGUCCUGUUCAGUCCCUAUAAUUACAAAACAGAAUACUAUUGAGACCACCAAAGUAACACCUACAAGAUCACGAACUACCAAAGAAACAUCCACAGGAUCAGUAUCUACCGAAGUAACAAACUCACAAACUACAGAAAUAACAUCUACAAAAUCACGAAUUACCAAAGUAACGCCUAGCUCAAUAACAGCAAAGACCAAAUCAACAAUUAGUUCAUCUACGUCAGCGCCAAAAAGCUCAACACUAAAAUUAGCAUCAACAGCAUCCCCACAGGUUAAACAGAAUAAGCAAAAGGAUAAUUCAAUAAGCAAAUCAACAAUUAUCGGCGUCUCUUGUGCUGUUGGACUGGUUAUAUUAAUAUUAAUUGCCUUUUUCAUUUGUUAUAAAACAAGAAGAGAGAGAUUACAAACUCCAAGACCAACUCGAAUGUCAGAAUUACCAGAUCCAUUUUCAGCAAAUAAUGAUGGCUUACAAUUUUCAAAUAGAAUUUACGAAAAAAUGUCAGAACCCUCAGAUAUGAGAGUUUAUGAAAAGAAUGUUAGAAGUUCUGUAUCUUCAGAUUUGAAUCUUGUUGAAAAUGAAGAGUUUGACGCUUGAUUAAAAUUUUUAACUGUACUCUAUUCAAAAUUUCUAAUUAAAAAGUAUAAACUUUUUCUACAAAUAAUUUAUAUAUGUGAUAUAUUUUUUAAACUGUUUUUUUUAUCAAAGUCUUUUACUGUUUACUGUGAUAUUACAAAUGUAAUAACCACUUUUCCAAAACUAAUAUUUACAACUAUUUAUACGCUUUACAAUAAAUUUAGCUUGUAAUUUAUACAACUCGAUACUAUACUUGUAUAGUAUGAAGAC